AUGCCAGGACGCCAAUCCCAUGGCCGAAGCCUCCUGGGCAACUCCCAGUCCAAAGCCCCGAAGCGCCCCAACCAAAAAUCGAAGGCAAAAGCCCGGGCCCACGCACUCGAUGCCUUCGCCAUCGCUGGGAAACAAGUCCAGCCCGACCGCAUGACAAGGCGCGGGCGGGAUCUGGAACUCGACCCCGAGAAGAAACCUCGAGGUGGUAAACACCGUCGUGACGAGGACGACGAGGACGACGAUGAGGAAGACGACGAGGAGGAGGACGAAGGCCCACGCAAGAAGCGCCCACGACAAGAUGCCGGCGAUGAUGACGAGGACAGCGGGAGCGAUGGGGAAGCAUCAGACGGCGGAAGUGAUAGCGAGGGCCACGAGUGGCAUGUAGGAGUCAACUCUGAUGACGACGACUCAGAGAUUGAGAGUGACGAUGCUUUCGGGGAGAGUGACGAGGAAAAGUUCGACGGCUACGCAUUCGGGGGCGGUCGAGCGCAGAAGAAGAAGAAGAAUAAGACGGCAGAGGACGACUCUGACUCCGAAGAGGAAGACGUCGGCGACGACGGCGAAUCGCUGGGAUCGGAUGCUAUCGACCUUGCCGACGCUCUCAUGCAGUCUUCGGACGAUGACGAGGUUCAGGGUUCCCAGGGAGAUACCGAGUCUGGGUCGGACGACGAUUCGGACUCGGAGUCGGAGUCGGACCCCGACAACCAGGACAGCGAGUCUGAGGUAUCCGACGAUGAUGAGGUCGACCCAGCCAAGCGGGCGCAACUCGACAAACUGCUCAAGAGCUAUGCAGACACGGAGGACAAGGAUGCAGAGGCAGGCAGUGGCACACGCUCGAAACAGGGGUUCUCUCUCCAAGACCUUGGGAUUUCGGAGGUCAAGAAUCCUGACAUCAAGAGGAGUAUUAAGCGGGUAAAGAAAGAGGAGAGAGCUGAGGCGGGCAAGAAAGGCACGUCCAAGAAGCUCGACGUACCACUCGCCAGGCGGCGACAAGAUCAGCUCGACCGAAUCGCGGCCUACGAGCAGACGAACAAGACACUGGACAGGUGGAACGACACAGUCAAGCAGAACCGCCGGGCAGAUCAUCUUAUGUUCCCGCUCCCGGACACUCUUGCCAAUGCUGGCCUUGACAACAGCGAGCUUCUUCCCUUGAACAAGAAGACCGCUGGUACAGAGCUUGAGCAGACCAUCAUGUCCAUCAUGGAGGAAUCUGGUCUCGGGCCUGCUGCCCAGGCACAAAAGGACCAAGAAAAGAAGAUCGAUGCCAACGGCGAGGAGCAGACCAUCUCUCGCUCUGAGCUGAAAGAGCUUUGGGCUCAGCGCCGGAAAGACCGAGAAAUGCAGUCUCGAGAACAAAAGCGCGCAAAACGGAUCAAGAAGAUCAAGUCCAAGACUUACCGCAGAGUUCACCGCAAGGAGAAACUGGGCGAGGAAGCUAAGUUGCACGAGGAGAUGAAGGCUGCCGGGGAAAUCGACUCUGAAGAUGAGCGGGAGGCUGCGGCCCGGCGCCGUGCUCUGGAGAGAGUUGGCGCAAAGCACAAGGACAGCAAGUGGGCCAAGAUGGGCUCCAAAGCUGGCCGUGCUGUGUGGGACGACGACUACCGGGCGGGCCUCACAGAUAUGGCCAGGAGAGACGAGGAGCUUAGAAAGAGGGUUGAGGGGAGGACUGGUGGUAGCGAAGGUGAAGAUGACUCGGAUGCGACAUCUUCCUCGGGAGACGAAGACGGGAACUCCAGACUGCUCAAGCAACUCGACGGGGACGACGACGAUGACGAGGACGAGGGCCCACAUGCUAAUCUCAUGAAGCUCAAGUUCAUGCAGAGGGCCGAGGCGGCGCGCAAACAGGAAAAUGACGCGCUCCUGGCGGAGAUUCGUCGUGACCUCGAAUCCGGGUCAGAAGAGGACGAGGAUGAUGCCGAUGUACAGGUUGGACGACGAUCAUACGGCGUCCCAGAACAGAAGAAACGCCCUCUACGAGAGGCAAAGCCCGCAGUCGCCAGUACUGUGAAGGAGAAGUCUUCCAAGGGCGGGCUUUCAUCCACCAACAUAAACAUCUCGUCUGCGAAAGACACCAAUGACGAGUCAUCAGCCACAGUCGGGCCAGGCGCAUGGUCACAAGGAAAAUCAGCCGUGGUCGAAAGAAAGAAGAAGAAAAUCACAGGCAACGGGCCUGAGGCUGAUUUAGACCUCGACGUCACUACACUAGUGAGCCAGCCACCCAAAGCCUCCAAGACCAAAGGCAAGACGGCAGCCAAACGAGCAGUAGAUGGUCCCUCUUCUACUUUGGCAACCGGGGACGACUCCUCAGAUGAUGAAAUCCACCAUCCCCUUGCGGUCCGGGACAUUGAUCUUGCCAAUCGCGCCUUCGCAGGCGACGAAGUGGUGGCUGAGUUCGAGGCAGAGAAAGAAGCCAUCAUGUCAGAGGACGACGAGAAGAUGGUCGACAACACGAUGCCGGGUUGGGGCAGCUGGGCCGGCGAGGGCAUCAGCAAACGAGCCCUGAAGCGCGCCAAGGGCAAGGUGAUGACCAAGAAAGAAGGCAUCAAGAGGAAGGAUAGGAAGGACGCGAAGAUGGACCGGGUCAUCAUCAACGAGAAGAGGAACCGCAAGAACGAGAAAUUCCUCGCCUCGCAACUGCCACAUCCCUUCGAGUCCAGGCAGCAGUACGAGCGGUCUCUACGUCUCCCCGUUGGACCCGAAUGGAUGACGAAGGAGUCUUUCCAGGCUUCUACGAAGCCGAGGGUCAUCGUGAAGCAAGGCAUCAUUGCGCCGAUGGCAAAGCCUAAGGUUUGA